UCUCUCUUUUACAAUUCAAUAAAAUCCUCCGUACAUGCAACCGCCACCAACCAGCCCAGCACCUCAUCUCUCCCCCCCUACAUCAUCUAAUUCUCCGAGCCCUCCCUUCCUCCUGCGUCUCGUAUAACAGCCUCUGUGUUCCCCCCUUUCGCCUCCCAGAAUGACGGUCAGCGUCUUACUUGAACGCCACCAACACGCCCACAUGGGGUGGUACAACUCCCCGUCCUCGAGCGAACGACCUUGUCCGACAAUGCGACUCCCCUUGUCUCCGCCGCAAACGACCAAGAUGCUGAAUCUGUUCUUCUUCGCCUUCACCCUCACCGUCCUCGCCUUCUUCAUUGAGUUCUUCCGCUGGAGGCGGCGGAGGCAGAUGUAUCAACUGCUGGCUGCGCAGGAGGGGGGUUUGGAAGGUGGUGCGUAUGGGCAGUACGCGAUAGCCCCUCCGCCUUAUAUCUUCGUUACGAACGUCGACCUCGACUGCAGCUAUGAGCCUCCGGAGUACGACAGCGAGGCGUACGAAGUGAAGCCAGAGGCAGAUGCCGAACGAUUAGAUGCGCCAACUUCGCCUCGACGGGUGCGAUUUGCGGAAGACGAGGCCGAUUCAGCGUAACGACUUUACGAUAUGGACGCCUCGGCAAGCAAAGAUCUAUCCGCUUUUUAGUCGUCGGUCCGGCCAGAGCGACGUCUUUCUAUCACGAUAAUUAACGGACCCGAACAAUUUCCACUUCUCUUCUUAUAACCUCCGUCAGCGACCGGUCUGUACGCAACUUGAGUGUUCGCGAGCAAGGC